CUUUUAGGUUCAAACUCAAAAUCAAGACAAGACCUUGAUCGAAGAACUUUAUCACCUUCUCUAACAAAAUUAUCAUUGUUUAACUAAUCUUUUUGGUUUUGUUUUUAAACCAAGUUAUCAUCUACUAAUUUUUACUUGGGAGCCACCUCAGUCCUACACCAUUUCUUUACUUAUCUUAUCGCCCAACAUAAUUUUGGAAAAGGGCUUUGAAGUUUGGAUGGUGAUAAAUUAAAUAAACCAUUUCUAUUAAAUUCAAUUUCGAUUUUGCCAUGAAAUCCAGAAGAUAUGACAAUAUCCAGGAGCGCCGUCGCAAAAGGGGAAGAAGGGUUGUUACAGAGCCGGCCGGAACAAGAAUUUUACCAAUAGAUGAGGGCGGUGUCGACGACGAGGAUAGUAGUAACGUAUGUGUGUGGUUUUUGUCUGAAUCGCUGUGUAGACUUCCCACAAAAGAUGUGUUCAGGUUCACAUAUAUAUCUCAGGUCAUAUUGGUUAUUCCUUCACCGAAGCCCCGAGAUAUCCACAAGAUGGACAUGUUGUCUGCAGAAACAGGGGAAUGGGAAGAUUUGGAAGUGUGUUGCGAGCGUCCAGUUAUUCCAUAGUUGGGGAAGACCCUCUGUUCUGAAUGACACUCUUUUACUAGUUGGAAAGAGAAGUUGAAGACGAAGGAGGAGAAGGAAUCAUGGUCUAUGAUCCUUACCUAAAUCCCCAUAAGUUGAGGGUUAUCGAGCUUCCAUCUGAUACAGGGGAAAAACAGAGAGAUCCAAUUUAUGUAGAGUCUUCCCAUUGCGGUGUUUCUCAAGGAAGUCUCAUGUAUUUUGAAAUUACAAGAGCUCUUAAUCGAGUGAGGACUUUAAGGAUAUGGGAGCUCCAGGAGGAGAAGGACAACAAAUGGUGCCUUCAACAUGAAAUCCGGACUUCGCGAAUUGUUCUUCCUCCUUCUGAACUUGUCUUCUCUCAGCUUGAGGAAUUCAACCAGGCAACUUUUGUAUUGUAUCAUUCCACCCGUUUGAUAGAAAUGUUGUUUAUUUGUAUUGUGGUAUGGAAGAACUGGGGUUGGUGCCGUACGACAUGCGAACCGAGAGGGUUCAAGUUGUCCAUUGAUACGAUGAUGGUUUGGCUUCUGGAGCUUCUACAGAGAGAAAACAAGGUUCACCAUUUAACAUAGGAUAAAACUCACUUUUGACCACCAAAGUUGGGCCAAAUUGCACACCUAACU